GCGAACACGCCGCACCAAACCAUUCAGUGUUAGUGUUAGUAGUAGUGCAGUUUCCUCGAGAAAAAAUGGAAAUCAUUCACGUUUCCAACCCCAAAAAUCGGUUCCUCAAGCCGAAAAAGCCGCUCCAAAUCAACAACAGUGAAGUGAACGCGGCCAAAAAGUGCCUUUUUGGCGCCCCCGACGCCCAGGACGUCGAAGACCUGCUCCAGGAGCAGAUCAGGGAGGACUGGGAAAGGAUCAAGGACCGGUUCGGGAUCGACAUGGAGGACAUCGAGAACAUGGAAAGCGCCAGACGGGAGGCUUACACCCCCAGGAAGCGGAAACUGGAGACGAGUAGGAGGAACGCACGGAGGAGGAGGCUCUUCCAGCCCUAUCCCAACGAUAAAAAAAUCACAGAUUUCUUCCAAGUGAGAAAGGCCGCACUGCCGCCGCAUGAAAAGAAGGACUGAAGUUGAGACUGAAUUCGAGCUUAUUUAUCAAGACUUAUUUACGCUGUGUACAUAGAAACGUGUGAUUUUUAUUUACUUAUUUACCAUGCAGCAUUUAACCCAAAGGUCUGUAGGUAGAUGGUUCUAGAGAAAACUAUGCCGAUUUAGUCUAGUCCUGCAAAAUUGGGUGGAAAGUUUCUUACCGUAUUGUGUAACCUAACUGUAUAUAGAAAUAAAAUUAUUUAUUGUGCAACUUCA